AUGAGUGAUAUUUCCAAGCAGCCAUCACUGUUCUACCACCUUGGCGUGCGUGAAAGCUUCGAUAUGGCAAAUAACGUUAUACUCUACCAUGACACUGAUGCUGACACUGCUCAGUCUCUCAAAGAUAUGGUAACUCAGAAGAACACGGUUGCCAACAACAAAGCUUUUCUUCGGGUUCAAGUACCUCCUGAAUACCACAGUGGUAAUCUGUUAGGCAAAGCUUCCAGUGGCAAUUAUUAUUUUAUUCCAUACAUCGUCACACCUUGUGCUGACUACUUUUGCUGUGAAAGUGAUGCCCAACGAAGAGCUUCUGAGUACAUGCAACCUAGCUGGGAUAAUAUCCUUGGGCCACUUUGUGUCCCGCUGGUGGACAAGUUUGUCAGCCUUCUUAAGGAUGUUCAUGUUACCUCAUGUGCCUAUUACAAAGAAACACUGUUACAUGAUAUUAGAAAAGCUAGAGAGAAGUAUCAAGGAGAUGAACUGGCUAAGGAGCUGGCCAGGAUUAAGCUUCGCAUGGAUAAUACUGAAGUGCUGACUUCAGACAUUGUCAUAAACCUACUUCUUUCUUACAGAGAUAUUCAGGACUAUGAUGCUAUGGUGAAGCUGGUAGAAACACUAGAAAUGCUUCCUACCUGUGAUUUGGCUGAUCAACACAACAUUAAAUUUCAUUAUGCUUUUGCAUUGAAUCGAAGAAACAAUGCAGGUGACAGAGAGAAGGCACUACAAGUCAUGCUUCAAGUCCUGCAGACAUGUGAUCACCCUGCUCCAGAUAUGUUUUGCUUAUGUGGGAGGAUCUACAAGGAUAUGUUUCUUGAUUCUGACUGUAAAGAUACCAAUAGUCGAGAUCAUGCCAUUGAAUGGUACCGCAAAGGAUUUGAACUCCAGUCAACUCUGUACUCUGGAAUUAACCUUGCAGUUUUGCUACUUGUUGCGGGACAACAGUUUGAAACCUCAAUGGAACUGAGAAAAAUAGGUGUACGGUUAAACAGUUUAUUGGGAAGAAAAGGAAGCCUAGAAAAAAUGAACAAUUACUGGGAUGUGGGACAGUUCUUCAGUGUGAGCAUGCUGGCUAAUGAUGUUGGUAAAGCAGUGCAAGCAGCAGAGAAACUUUUUAAGCUGAAACCUCCAGUGUGGUACUUGAAAUCAUUAGUUCAGAAUCUGAUGUUAAUUCAACGUUUCAAGAAACUCACCAUAGAGCAUUCUCCUAGACAAGAAAGAUUGACUUUCUGGCUAGAUAUAAUUUUUGAGGCAACGAAAGAAACAACUAAUGGACUGAGAUUUCCAGUUUUGGUGAUAGAACCAACUAAAGUCUACCAGCCCGCAUAUGUUUCAAUCAACAGUGAAGCAGAUGAGAGGUCUCUCUCUUUGUGGCAUGUCUCUCCUACUGAAAUGAAACAGAUUCAUGAAUGGAAUUUUACAGCUUCUUCCAUUAGGGGAAUAAGCAUUUCCAAGUUUGAUGAACGAUGUUGUUUUCUUUAUGUCCAUGACAACUCUGAUGACUUUCAAAUCUACUUUUCUACAGAAAACCAAUGCAGUAGGUGA